AUGAAUGUCAUUUAUCACAAUCGAGCAAAAUCAACUGCCGACUUGGAUGAGGGUGCCAAGUACGUUGAAUUUGACGAGCUCUUGGCAAGAAGUGACGUUUUGAGUCCUCUCAAUGGUGUUCUGGAUCAAGAUGCGCUUGUUGAAGCAAUCGCCGAUGGAAGUGUCUGGUCUGCUGGGCUCGGUGUCUAUCAAAAAAAGCUCGACAUUCACCCGGGGCUAGUCUCGAAAUCCCAUGUUUGUCUUCUUCCUCACAUGGGAAUUUCUACUGUCGAGAUAAGCUCUUCCCGAUGGAGCAUAGAGACAAAAUACGAUAUGGAGAAUUUGACAAUCAGCAAUGUGCGACAGGCGCUAGAGAAUGGUACUUUGAGGAAUGUUGUUAUCGAGCAAAGUGAACAAGCCGAGUGCCUGUGA